UCAGUGGAAUACUAACGGACGUUUUCAGAGGAGAGGACCGAAUUUUUUUCUGAGGCAUUCUCCUUUUCUCCCUUUUUGUUUGUCUCGCCUGUUGACCAUGGGAACCGAAACUGACAGACGAGGUCCGGUAAAAUCGGUCGGAGGAGCCGUUCAGUGACAGGUGCUGUUAUCUGACUGACAGACACACCGGUGAAACGUGACGAGCAGGUAAACCGCUGUACGUUUCAAACCAAUGGCCUGGGGAAUAACGACACCAGAAAAUAUGCUGUAAGGUGAAGUGGUGUUUUUAUUUUGGACUGUACCGCGUUGUAGCUGAAGUAUGGGGCCGUUAUAGCCGCUAUAACGCGGAGACUGGAGGUUUGUGUCUGGUUUUCUCUGCGCUCCGUCCCCUCCGGUGGACACAACUGAAGAGACUGGAGACACGGACGGAGACGGGGCUGUUUUUGUGUCGGCUGUUUCGGCGGAGACAUGGCAGCGGCCAUCGCCAGCGGUUUGAUCCGGCAGAAGCGACAGGCGAGAGAGCAACACGCCCACCGACCGACUCCUCACCGGCGGCGGAAGAGCCCCGGUAAGAAGCAGGGGCUGUGCAACGGGAACCUGGUCGACAUCUUCUCCAAAGUCCGGAUAUUUGGUUUGAAGAAAAGAAGGCUACGGAGACAAGAACCACAGCUGAAGGGCAUAGUGACCAGGUUGUUCUGCAGGCAGGGCUUCUAUCUCCAGAUGGGCCAGGAUGGAAGUAUGGACGGGACCAAAGACGACAGCACCAACUCCUCUCUGUUUAACUUAAUUCCUGUGGGUCUGAGAGUCGUGGCCAUCCAAUCAGUCAAGACUGGCCUCUACAUCGCCAUGAACGGAGAGGGUCACCUCUACUCAUCGGAACUGUUUACAGCGGAGUGUAAGUUUAAGGAGUCGGUGUUUGAGAACUACUAUGUGAUCUACAGCUCUAUGCUCUACAGACAGAAGGAGUCGGGCCGGGCCUGGUUUCUGGGCCUCAAUAAAGAGGGACAGGCCAUGAAGGGCAACAGGGUUAAAAAGACCAAACCAGCUGCACACUUCCUGCCUAAACCUAUAGAAGUUGCGAUGUACCGAGAGCCUUCGCUGCACGAUGUUGGGGAGGCGGUGCCUAAACUCGCCGGGGGCCCGCCUUCCAAAAGCACAACCAGCGAACCAGUGGUCAUGAAUGGAGGCAAACCAGUCAACAAACCCGACAAGGAGGAGACAUAACCCCACCCCUCCUUUUUACACUCCCCUAGCAAACCAGAGACCAGGAAAAGCCAGACACUCGCCCCACUGCCGCACUCUCAAAAACCUAAACUGCAACAAAAGGUAACCAAACAAACAGCUAAAGUUUUGACUGGUCAGCAGUGGGGCCGCACCUCGCGCCCCACCUCUCUCCCUAUUGGACGGAUCUGGUGUUGUGGGGCAGAACCAGAAGGACACAGCACUGUGGCUGGUGGUGGGGGAAGAGGAGGAUGAAGACCGUAAAGUCAGGCCAAUGCCAGCCAGAUAUUUUGGAACUUUGACAGUGGCAUGUCCUCAUAGUGGGAGACAAAAUGACUUCAAAACAAAUAUAAGCAAAACAAACAAAAAACAGAAACAAAUGUCGUCUUCACCGGUAUUUUUCUGUGACAAUCUGUAAGAAUGAUGCCCCUUUUUCCUCUCCUGAUAGUACUGUUUUUUGUUGCCAGGUAUGCUUGCUUGCCGGUGGCUACACACGCACAUUCACACAACUCCCAGCCAAAAUCGACCACUUGGAUUCAAUCUUUGAGUAAAUGAAGAACAGAUUAAAAAACAAACAUCAGACAAAGAGAACUCUUUAAAUACCUGAUGAUUCAGAGGAUGCUCAUUCAUCAAUUAAGAUUCGGCGCAGGGCAUUCUGUACUGAGCUUACAAUGAAAUGCACUUGAAAAUGGUCCUGUGCAUUAAAUACAAGGCAAACACAACUUAUAACCUGUCCCUAGUUGUAGUCACAUACUAUGUAGCUGUUAAAAAGAGAGACACUACAUAGCUUAAAUCAUGUUUGUCUUUUCAGUGUUCCUUUAUUAUAUAUUUGUUGGGUGGUGUAUUAUUCUGCACUAGUGAUUAUCAAGCUACAUUGUUGUACAUACACUAAACAGAUUUUAUUGUCUGUCUAACAAUUUUUUUUCCUGUCUCUUUAUGAAUGCUAUGAUUUCCACAUCGCAGACACGUAUAGCUCAGGAGAAGAGGUGAACAGUUGACAUGCCAAGCGAAGACUUUAGUAUGAAAUUAGUGUGUAGCUGAGUGCUGAAACCACAAAUUCCCUGUUUGGUUUGUAGCAUGGACUAAAAGAACAAUGCAUCUCCACUUCCUCCCACUGUUCAAAAGUGAAGCCAAAAUAUCCCGGAUACAGGCGCCGCCAUCUUGUUAUUUUGGAGCCAGAGUCUGCACAGUAGUGAUCGGGCAGUGGAGCCGCAGUAUCGAAGUCCCGCCCAUACACCUGCCCCACCAAUCGCGAGUCAAUCACAGCUGUCAAUUAUGACGUUUUAACUAAUUAAAACCAAACUAAUCAGAACAAUUAACACAGUCAUCAGUGUGAUAAGAACUACCUAAACUUACCGACAAAUGUAUUUAACGUGUACUUUGACCUUUUAGUUUGGCCCAUGUCUAAUCCACUAGUCUCGCUUUGCCAGACCCUCCUCCAAAACACGCUGGAGGAGAGUCUGGCUACUCCACAUAGCA